AGCGACACCAACCUAGUGAGCGGCGAGAGCGCAAGCAUCAGACGGGAAGCUCAGGAACAGACUCGCCUUUCUUUCAAGAUACACUCUCAUUGACGAAUGUCGUGCGUAGCUUGUUAGGUAGGGCUGACCGGACAGCAGGCUCAGUGGAAAGCUCUUGGUGUCGACUCAUCUUGUUUCUAAAGCACUACAAUUACAGAAUGGAGCGAUUUAACGACCAACAAGUGCCUUAUAUUAAUUCUAAUAAACCACAAGGGAAAAAGACAUGCAACGAGAGACCAGCAAAUGACAGAAAAAGGAAAUUCAUUAACUCUGACCUGGCCCUGGACACUGAAGAACUCUUUCAGGACCUCAGUCAAUUGCAGGAGACCUGGCUGGCAGAGGCCCAAGUUCCCGACAAUGACGAGCAGUUUGUCCCAGACUUCCAGACUGAAAACUUGGCGUUCCACGGACUGCAGCUGAAGAUCAAGAAAGAACCCCACAGCCCAUGCUCAGAGUUGGGCUCCAACUGUAGCCAGGAUAGGCCCUUCAAACUCCAAUAUGGAGAGAAGUGCCUGUACAAUAUCAGUGCCUACGAGCAGAAGCAGCCAACAGGAAUGAAGCCCUCCAGCCCAGCCACCCCCCCCUGCAGCACCUCCGUGUCCCCACUUCACCAUGGUUCCCCCACAGCGGCCCCCACCCCUACACCCAAACCUGACAGGACAUACCCCCACCUAGAGCCCUCCCAGACCCUCCCUGACAGCACCUACGCUAUGGACCACAGAUUUCGGCGCCAAUUGUCAGAGCCAUGCCACUCUUUCCCCUCCCCGGCAUCAAUGUCACGGGACAGCAGACCCAUGUACCACAGACAGAUGUCAGAGCCUAACAUCCCAUUCCCCCUUCAAGGAUUCAAGCAGGAGUAUCCCGACCCCCUUUAUGAGCACCCCACCAUGGUUGGUGCCCCUGUCCCGCCAACUUACCCCUCCUCCAUGAUGAUCAAACAGGAGCCUAGAGAUUUCACCUAUGAUUCAGAAGUGCCUAGCUGCCAUUCUGUCUACCUAAGGCAAGAUGGCUAUCUGGCUCACCCCAACAGGACUGAAGGCUGUAUGUUUGACAAAGUGGUUAGGCACUUCUACGAUGAUACCUGCGUGGUCCCCGAAAAGGUUGAAGGUGACAUCAAGCAAGAGUCUGGCCUUUAUCGUGAGGGACCAACGUACCAGCGCAGAGGGUCACUUCAGCUCUGGCAGUUCCUGGUGGCUCUCUUGGAUGACCCUUCCAACUCCCACUUCAUCGCUUGGACUGGACGUGGCAUGGAGUUCAAGCUAAUUGAGCCAGAGGAGGUGGCACGUCGAUGGGGUAUACAGAAAAAUCGACCCGCUAUGAACUACGACAAACUCAGCCGAUCAUUACGCUAUUACUACGAGAAGGGAAUCAUGCAGAAGGUGGCAGGGGAGAGAUACGUGUACAAGUUUGUGUGCGAUCCAGAGGCUUUGUUUUCCAUGGCAUUCCCUGACAAUCAGCGACCUGUCCUGAAGACAGACAUGGAGCGGCAGAUCAACGAGGAGGACACAGUGCCACUGUCACACUUUGACGAGAGCAUGGCAUACGUGCAGGAAGCGCCCUACUGCAACCCUCACCCCUACAGCGAGGGCUACGUUUAUUAACGUCAGUUGAUUUCCCAAACCAAACUGUACCCCAAUAACAAUUAUUACCAGAGUGGAAAAAAACUCAAGUAUACCCUUUUUUCCUUUUGACGUCCACGUCUUACUGCAGGAUGGAGAGUGCACUUUAUGGACAGGGACUGACAAUGUGUGAACCUGCGUGAUGGUUUGGUUAUUUUUUGUUUGGUUAUGUUUCUAUUCCAGAUGAGGUUUUUUCCUGAGCAUGCCACAUUGUUAUGAGACAAGACUCAAAGGCCAAUGGUCAUGUAUGAACAUGGUCAAUGAAAGGAGCAAGUUUUUCUGACCCUCUCAACGCUUCCAAUAAUUUCUUUCAGCCUUAUUUCUUUUAUGUUGUUUUAUGUUAAUUGUCCUUAUCACCAUUGUGUACUUUCUUACUCAUUUAAGUGAAUAAUACAAUGUAUUGUAAUGACAUGCUUUUAAGAUACUUUUAUGGUGAAGUGACAUAAUUAUAGACUUGAAAAGUAAUGUAAUAACAAUUCUUAGUGGUCCUCAAUACUGCCUGGCUGACAGUUUUAAAGUUGCACCUUUACCUGCCAAUACUGUCUGGCCCUCAACCACUCAUCCACUUUGUCACAGACAACUGUGUGUGGUAUGUAGAUAUGAUAAAUAAUACAGUACAUGAUGUUAUAAAUAUUGGAUCUAUAUAACAUUUGCUGAUAUACUGUAACUGUGUUUUGGCAGUGAUGGACUUUGUUGGUUAGUGAGACUGCGUUGGUGUAAACGGAUUAAAUCAAAUUCACCAUUGUGAAACUUCUGGAUUAAAACAUUUCUAUAUACUCAUUGAGCAUAUUAAGUAUUUUAUAGUCAAAAAACAGGUACUAUAAUUUACUUACAUGUAAUUUAUCAGUUGACUACUGUUUGAAAAAAAAAUCCCAUUUGUUGUUUGCUGCUCAAAUACCUACUAGUUAUUUAUUCAGUUGAUCUAUGAUUUUAAUGUCAAAUUGUGUCAAAUAAUCACUGCAUAAAAUAUCACAAUAUAUCUACAAAAUUAUUUUCCUCCAUUGUUUUGGGAUACAGUACAUGUAAUUGUCAACAAUAGCAAAGUAACAUCACUCAAAUCACUCACAGUCAAAUAUCCAAUCAGACCAUUUCCCAAAAUAGUUUUGCAUUUGUAAAAUAUUUUAAAUUGCCAUAGUAUGUAAAUUGCUUAUACUUGCAUUGCCAUUGAUAGAGUUGUUUUUAAUUUUAUAAAAAGCAUCAUCAAUAUUUAGAAUUUUAUAACGUGAUGAAGUCAUGUCAUAACAAAAAUUGUGUUUCAUUGUAUGAUCAGGUAAAUGCACAUUGGUUGCUGCUUCAAAUUGUAAUUGUAUUUUGUAGUCUUCAAAAAAUUAUGGCAGCUACGGUCUGCAAUGCAUUUUUUUAUCCAAUGUUUUUUGUUUUGUUUUUCUCAAACAUUAAAAAAGGUUGGUCAGUCAACAUUUAUUUUCUGUAAGUAUAUGUGUUUGGGAUGGGAUUGGCAAUAGCAAACAUUCUGUA